AUGAGACCAACAACCCACCUCCGCCUCUUCAACCCCCCAAUCGGCCUCAUCAUCCGCGAGAGGUCAACAUCAAAAUUUCCUGUUGGAAGGAUUGUGCCAUUACGGCAGCACAGUCAGAGUGCAACAGGUCCCGGUCGUGGUCUUGGUCCCAGGAAGGGUGCAUUGCGACGGCAGGUGGAGAGGCGGAUCAGGGAGGAGAUUAAGAGACAGAUUGAUGGGGUGCAUACUAUUAGGGGGCAGAAGGGGCAGCAGCAGGAGAAUCGGCACCAACAACAUGGGGAGUACCGACAACAGGCGGUAGGAAGCGAGGGGCAACAGCAACAGCAACAGCAACGGCAACAGCAGCGACAGCAGCAGCAACAACAGCAGGAAAAACAAACUGAAACUCGGGGACAACAACAGCACCGACAUCAGCAGAAGCAGGCGAUAUUAGCCCGGACACAUCCCCUACUGACGGAUACACAUCCCUUUGAAGUUUCGGAGAUAGCAGCAGGGGGGAAAGGGAAAGCGGAGAGCGGUGAUGAUGGAUCAAAUUGCGACCCGCGACAGGGACGGGCACAGGAAGACGGGAAGACGGGGUUGAAGCACACCAAGUCAACGGACUUUGGCGUCGGGGCCGGUGCUGACGGUGGCGGGGGUGAGGGUGGUGGUGGUGAUGGGGGUUUUAGGAUUCGGAGGUUACGGGCCAUUAGUAAAUCCCGUGAGAGAUUUCUUGCUGGUGCUGCUGGAAGUAGAACAGAGAAGAGUGAGCAGAGUCAGCAGCAGACUCAGCAGGCUCAGGAAAGUAAAGGGCUGCUGGAAGGUGGUGAUGGGAAAGUGAAUUCCGAGAAAGCUGGACCAGUGGUGGUGGGAAGGGUCGAAGGGAAGGGCCCAGGGGCAUCGUAUGUCACGCUCAGUCUAAGGAGUGGUCGCAAGUUUGGUCCGAGUGCGUUGGGACAUGAAGAGGGUUGGAAGGUGGGGAGUGAUCUGAUCGUCGAUGGCGGGAGAGUGAUGAUGAGGUCUUUGAGGUUGUUGUCGUCGUCGCCGGGUGGUGUGACGGGGACGGAGACAAAGGAUGAUAAAAGAGAAGCAGGAGAAGAAGCAGGAGAAGCAGAACCAAAGGCGAAGACGAAGACGACAUCAGCACCAGAACAAGCAACAACAACAUCAGCAAACGAAAACCCUCAAGAAACCCCACAAGCAACAACACCAACAGAACAACCACAACCACCCUCACCACCACCCCUCAUCACCCACCGCCUCACCCUCACCCCCCACGCCAACACCAACCUCUUGUCCUCCCCUCCCCCCGGCACCCUCCUCAUCCUCGCCUGCAGCGCCCAAGACAACUUAAGCCCCGCAACUUACAAGAUCUUACACACUCACUAUCCCCGAGCCUACCGCAGAUACAAAGCGCAGUGCUUAUCCAUCCCCACCACCACCACCACCACCUCACAAACCGAUCUCUACCCCUCCUCCCAAGACCAAGAAGACUUGGAGGAGUCCAUCGACCCCAUCCAAGCCCGCAAAAACGCUUUAACCAAGCACCAGCGCAGCUUAGUCGGCACGGCACUACUCAUCCCGCCGCGUCCUUCUUCCGCUUCUCCGGACGACAAGGACAAGAAGCACUUUAUCGGGUGUCUGUUCACCAGUCUGGUGGGUUCUGGACCGUAUAAAGACCCGGCGGUGGCGAUCUUGAAAGCGACGGGGAAGGCGAUGGAGGAUUUGAUGAGGCAGGUUGGGGAGUGGAAUCUUGGGGAGGUCAGGGAGGGGAAGAAGAAUAUGGUUAUUGGCCCGGAGAUGAGGAUGGCUAGGAUUAGUGCGGGCAAGGAGUGGGAGAUGACGAAGGGGGUGUUGGAGGGGUUGGAGGUUGUGGUGCCUGAGGGGACGUUGCCGGGGGGAGGGGAGAUUGGGGUUUUUGAUGGGGUUGGUGGAGGGGAGAAGGGGAAGGGGAAGGGGAAGGGGAAGGGGAAGGGGAAGGGAAAGAAACGGGAAACCGGGAAGGGGAAAUAGGUCCUGGGCACUCUCCUAAGGAUCGAGAGAAAGAAGGUUAACGAAGGAAGGACUGGUAUGAAGAGUAAUGUUGAUACCAAUACUGUUGUAAAAAGAAGGUGUUGUGUCUAGAGUAUAAUAGAACUCCCCCUAAACUUAUAGCCCGUUCAUGGCAAUAACCCCCAUCGAUGUUUGACCACCUAACCAUAUCCAUUCCUUAACGCCUCGCUAUGCAUAUUAUCAAAACGAAAUAAUGCCCAUGCCGUCCUCAGCCGUCUUUCCUCAGGUCAUCCAGCGGACCAACAACUCCGCCAAAAUCCGG